AUGGCGAAAUUACCUUUACCUCCUCAACCUGCAAAGGUUGAACCUAUAAAAAACAACCCAAAAAAAUGGCAUAUUCGAGAUGAUCCGAUUACCUGGCAGAAUUGGUAUAAACAUAUAAAUUGGCUUCACACUUCUGUACUUCUUUCAACGCCUUUUAUUGCACUCUACGGAUUUUUCACUACAGAUAUUCAGUUGAAAACGUGGACUGAUACUGAAUUAGAUCCUUAUAAUGCUCACAGAGGCUUUUUUUAUUCUCAUUUGGGUUGGAUGUUAUUAAAACAGAAUCCAUAUCGUAUUGGUCGUGCUGAUAUAUCAGAUCUUAGUGCUGAUCCUUUAAUUAUGUUUCAAGGCAAAUAUUACGGUGUAUUUGCUUUGGUACUUGGGUUUAUAUUUCCUACAAUAGUUGCUGGUUACGGUUGGGGUGAUUGGAGAGGUGGAUUUUAUUAUGCUGCUAUUGCACGUCUAGUUUUUGUACAUCACGCAACAUUUUGUGUUAACUCCUUAGCUCAUUACUUUGGUGACAAACCAUUUGAUGAUCGUAACACACCACGCGAUCAUUUUAUUACUGCAAUUCUAAGUUUAGGUGAAGGUCAAUUAAUAAUGAAGCAAAAAAAAUUAGAUGAAGAAAAAAAGAAGUUGAAUUGGGGUGUUCCAUUAGAUCAAUUACCUAUUUAUACCUUUGAUGAAUUUUCAAAUAAUUGGAUCUGUAUUGAGGGUGUAAUUCAUGAUGUUAGCAGUUUUAUGGAUGAACACCCUGGUGGUAGAACAAUUCUCGCUACUUCCCUAGGAAAAGAUGUAACCACUGCAUUCAACGGUGGUGUUUAUGGUCAUUCGAAUGCUGCUAGGAACUUGAUGUCUUCUCUUCGUGUUGGCGUUAUUUCUGGUGGUGGUGAAGUUGAAUCUCGCAAGAAAAAACAAUAA